UCCGCCGGCGGCUGUUCGUCGCCGACUCCUUCGCCGUCGACGGUGGAGGAACCGAAGGAGGGGCAAUUAAAAAGAAAAAUAAAGAGGCGGAACAAUUGAAAAAAAAGGUUGGCGAACGACCAUCGGACCUUUGCACUCCCUGGCAGUUUGCUCUUCGGCGGUUGUCAGUCAAGAUUGGGCUGGAAAAGACUUAGUUUUACCUCAGGAAAUCACUCGACAGCAAGAAAGUGCCCGAGCCCCAGGCCAGAGGAAAACCAAGCACAAUGUCUUAAUCUGCACCAAGGAGGCACACAGGGAUCUGUGCUGCGGCUAAAGACGGAGGUUGGAUUAUUGCCAGUAAUCCUCAGCCAAGACUUAAAAACUGGGGUCCAACAUGGGAGCAGCUGAGGACGAGCUGAUUGGGAUCCCCUUCCCGGAGCACAGCAACGAGCUGCUGCAUAGCCUCAAUGAGCAGAGGCGCAAGGGGCUGCUCUGCGACCUGACCAUCGUGGCUCAGGGGCUGGAGUACCAGACUCACCGGGCCGUGCUGGCCGCCUGCAGCCAGUACUUCAGGAAGCUGUUCACCGCCAGGCCCUUCCGAGGCCAGCGGGACGUCUGCGAGCUGGACUUUGUGCGUCCCCGGGUGCUGGGUGCCCUCCUGGAGUUCGCCUACACGGCCACUCUGACGGUCAGCAGCUCGGACAUGAGGGAGGUGCUGCAGGCGGCCCGCCUGCUGGAGAUCCAGUGCGUAACCGAUGCCUGUGCUGACAUCCUGCAGAGCAGUGGCGCCUCUGAACCACCGCAGCCCACCCCUGACCCACCAGCCAUCUACGCCGGAGCCAGCCUGUACCCAGAAGGUCCUGCCCAGGAGGAGGCAGCAGCGGUGGCUGCCGCGGCUGAUCUACAGACGCUGGAGGUGCCCAAGGUCCGGCGCCGCAAGAGGCCCAAGAAGCCACCCCGUCUCUCGCUGAACCACCGUGGCAGGAGCCUGUACCGCAUUGUCCAGCCGCUGCAGACCUCCAUGGAUACAGAUGCGGAGCUGGACCGGAGGCAGCCGGAGGCUUGCCUGGGAGAGCAGGAGUCCAGCCCCAGGGCUGGCGGCCACCAGGAGGGCGAGGGGGAUGGGGGUUUCCUCGCCGAGUCCUGUCACCAGCUGGCCCCCUCGUCCUCCCCGCUCCUCCCUCUCGCCGGCGACGAAGAGAGCGCCGAGCUACCUGCCUCCACUUACCUGAGCCUGGUCAGCAACGGCCUCCUCAGCGACGGGGCGCUCGACAGGGCCCCAGGGACCCGCCGCAGGAAGUCGCAGAUGCCCCAGGAGUGCCCCAUCUGCCACAAGGUCAUCCACGGAGCGGGCAAGCUCCCACGGCACAUCCGCACCCAUACCGGUGAGAAGCCGUUCGCUUGCCAGGUCUGUGGCGUCCGCUUCACCAGGAAUGACAAGCUGAAGAUUCACAUGAGGAAACACACGGGCGAGAGGCCGUACUCGUGCACCUGCUGUGAUGCUCGCUUCCUCCACAGCUAUGACCUGAAGAACCACGCCCGGCUCCACACUGGGGACAGGCCCUUUGAGUGCAGCCAGUGCCGGAAGGCCUUUGUCCGUAUUGACCAUCUCCAGCGACACCUGAAGGGCCAGAACUGUCUGGAGAUCCGCACCCGGAAGCGCCGGGGUGACAACCAGGGACCACAGGAGCACCUGGUCAACUGGGAGCACUCUGGAACGGAUGGCACCUUCCCAGAUGAGUACAGGAUUGAGAGAGAGACCCCAGGAUUGGACUGUGUCCUCCCAGAGGGAUACAGGAUCAGGAGGGAGACCCAUGGAAUAGAUGGUGCAUUCCCGGAGGAAUAUGGAAUUGAGAAGGAAACCCUGGGAAUCGAUGGUGCAUUCCCAGAGGACUACGGGAUCAAGAGGGAGCCCUCGGGGACAGACAGGAAAUUCCCGGAGGGAUAUGGGAUCAAGAGGGAAUCUCCAGGAAUUGACGAUGCAUUCCCAGAGGACUACGGGAUCAAGAGGGAGCCCUCGGGGACAGACAGGAAAUUCCUGGAGGGAUAUGGGAUCGGGAGCGAGUCCCCAGGGAUUGAUGGUGCGAUCCCAGAGGGAUAUGGGAUCAAGAAGGAGCCCUCAGGGGCAGAUAGGAAUUUCCCGGAGGGAUAUGGGAUCAAGAGGGAGUCCCCAGGGAUUGAUGGUGCGAUCCCAGAGAGAUAUGGGAUGAAGAAGGAGCCUCUGGCAAUAGAUUGUACCUUUCCUCAGGGAUCCAGGAUCAGGGGGGGACGUCUGGGACUAGACGGCACAUUCCCAGAGCGAUACAGGAUGACAGUGGAGCCCCCACAAACAGAAGGAGACAGUGACCAGGAUGACUUGCGAGAUUGGGGCCACAGCACUGUCAAGUGGAAUAGUCAGCCAGGGGAAGACAUCCUGGUGGAUCCCUCAUAAUCUGACCAAGCACAGUUUUUUUUUAUAGAUUGCUGCAAACCUCCCCUGCUCAAACCUUUGCAUAUUAUCUGCUUCAGUGAGACUGUGAAGCAGGCUGUGGGAGGCAGGGUUUUUUAAAAAAAAUAUGCUUUAAGCCGUUCAGGACAAGUGUCUGCCUCUAUGCACCUUUUUAAUGUUUCUGAGAUAAGUGGCAACUGUUGCAAUGAAACACUGUUUUUGUGUGUGUUUGUAUAUGUCUAAGUGAAUGUCUGUGUGUGUACUUGCGUAAAGUGCAAGUGAGUGUGUGUACUUGUGUGUGUCUGAGUGAAUGUGUGCAUGUAUGUGUGUACAUGCGAGUGUGCAGUGUGUGCAUGUGUCUGUGUGAGUGAAUGUGCGUGGACUUGUGCAAGUGUACAAGCAUGCAUGUGUUUGUGUGCAUGAAUGUGUGUGUAAGUGUGCAUGUGGUCGUGACUGUGCAAGUGUGUGCACGUAUGUGCACGUAUGUUUGUGUGAAUGUGUACGCAUGUGUAAAUGUGUAUGCAUUUGUGUCUGAGUCAAUGUCUUUGUACAUGUUUAAACGUGCGUGUGUGUGCAUGCAUUUGUGUGAAUGAAUGUGUACACGUGUGUAAAUAUUUGUGUCUGCAUUUGGUGAGUGAGUGAAUGUGUGUGUGUGUGCUUUUGUAAAUGUGUGGCUGAGUGAAUGUGUGCAUGGAGGUGUGAAAAUGUGUGAGCAUCUGACAUGUCUGUACCUGUGACUGUGUGUGUGUGUGUGUGUGUGUGUGUGUGUGUGUGUGUCUGAGAUAAUUGGGCGUUACAUGUCUUUGAAUGUUCUCACUUUGGCAGCGAGAAGCCAUUUGUGUCUGAUGUGAUGCCCAACACACAGGCACAAGCAUUGGGCACAUCCCUGGAGGAAUGUCGCCCCUGAAUGGGUACUGGUAUCAGGCAGUCCAGGGGAGCGAGCUGGGGGGAGACACACACACAAGCUGCCAAGCAACUUUCCCCGGAGAGUUAGAGUUAGCCUACGUUGGUGCAAUUGUUGCAUCAUGUGGUGCGGGUGAGGAGCUGCCACUCUCGGGCCUUGCUGACCUGCCGUUUCUGAAAAGGGCAAAGCAUUUGCACUUGGCUCUACAUGUCCAGCCAGCGUAGCCAUCGUUUCCAAAUCCACAGGAUGGUCUCCGUUUGGCCUUUGUCACAUCUUCCCCGCUGAAUUCCCCCACCCACCCCCGACACACACACACACACACACACACACUCACAAAAUCAAUCAUCCCUCCUCUCUGGAGAACCGAGCACAGCUCUCACCUAGAACUCUGCGCCUCUGCUUGCGGUUAAUAACCACUUGCAGAACCAGCUCACCAAAACAAAAAUAAAAUUCUGAACCGUUGAGAAAACAGAUGUGAUUCCACUAGUUUAUCACCUGUCCUCAGGGUGAUGAGAGUGAAGGUAGAUUUGAAAUAUUAAUAUAUUUUAAAUUAUGUAUAAAAUUAUAUUAAAAGUUAUAAAUGUUGCUGCCCUAUGCAUGUGUGUGAAUGUGAAAUAUUAUCAGCAAAUAUAGUAACAACUUUAUUUAAUUACUGAUCGGAAAUUGAACCUUUUAUAUGAUACACAAGGUUUUGAAAUCUUGAAUCUUUUCAGAUUUGAUUGUCUGCUGUAGACUGCUGCCUCUUUUUAAUGCUCUUUCUCUCUCUCUCUCUCUCUCUCUGUCUUCCUCCUUCCCUCUCCAACUCCUUUCCCCCCGCCCUCCCCCUCUCCCUAGAGGCAUGCAGUUUGCCCAGUGUGCACUUUCCCGGUUCCAAACCAAUGCAAGUGGCGGACGACGGCUCCCGGUCACUGCUCACCCAGUGGUGAGCCAGGACUGCGGGGCGUUGCUCCUCCCUCGUUUACCGGACACUGUGACAUCAUUUUAUAAUGAUGGUGGGGGGACUGUUGGUCAGGGCCACAUACUCCUCAGCCUGACAAAGAAAUGUCAAAAAGCACUUUCUGUUUUCUUAUGGAGCUCGGGGGGGAUUUGGUAAUGUUCCCAGUAUCUAAUCCCGAGUUGUCCCUGUGAUAGGGGGGAUAGUGUAGAGGGAGCUUAACUCUGUAUCUAACCCCGUGCUGUCCCUGUCCCUGGGAUGGGGGGACAGUGUAGAGGGAGCUUUACUCUGUAUCUAACCUGGUGCUGUCCCUGUCCCUGGGAUGGGGGCACAGGGUAGAGGGAGCUUUACUCUGUAUCUAACCCCGUGCUGUCCCUAUCCCUGGGAUGGGGGGACAGUGUAGAGGGAGCUUUACUCUGUAUCUAACCCGGUGCUGUCCCUGUCCCUGGGAUGGGGGCAGAGUGUAGAGGGGGUUUUACUCUGUAUCUACCCCGGUGCUGUCCCUGGAAUGGGGGGGGACAGUGUAGAGGAAGCUUCACUGUGUAUCUAACCCAGUGUUGUCCCUGUCCUGAGAGUGUUUGAUGAGGGGGACAGCGUAGAGGGAGCUUUCCCCUGUCCCUGACCUUGUGCUCUGCUUCCCCCCACCUUGCUUUCUGACCCUGGAUGGAGAAUUGCAUCCCAGCCAAGGAGGGCAAAGGUUCGUAUUAAAACGCCGGGACUUGGGUGCGGGGUCCACGCUGGGGGGUGGGGGGAGAGGGAGGAGGGGUGUCUCCCACAUUGUCCUGAAGGAGCCGCCAACGAGGCAGAUGUGGGUGACUCUGCUGAAAGGCACGGCAGGGGCAGACUUGGUGGCUGGACCCCUGGACAACACCCCCUUCCCUCCUCCCGGGGGGGGGGGGGGGGGGGGGGUCGGGGCGGGUGAUACUGCUGGAAAUGGAAUGUAUGCGCAGUGAGCGGUAGUGGGCUUACAAAUGCUGGUACCUCCCGCUGAGGGUAGUAGGAGGCUGGUGCCCUUGACGUUGUUAAACUUGACCAUUGGAGCAUAGCUCCAACUCUUGCACUUGCUGCACUGUCAGUCUUUCUGUUCGGUGUUUAGACCAUAGCCUAGUUGCACUUUAACCUCUAAUAUGUGUCCCCCUCCCCCCCAACCCCUUUAGCUUAAUUGUACCUCUCCAGCCUGUGGACCUGAUUUUUGGAGGGGAUUCCUUUGUGCACCUUAUCGAGUUUUGUUCAUUUGUUUGUUUGAUGUUUAGCUCCCUCCAACCCCCCCCCCCCCCCCCCCCCCAACCUCCACCCGGGUUUCUGCCCAGCGACCCGGCUUUGCAAACUGUAUCACACCUGGGGUCCAGAUCCCCCGUGGUCUUGUGGUACAGGACAUUCCUCGCAAGUUUUUAACCCUUCCAAGAGAGAUUUGAUUUGACGUCAAGAAUUUUUAUUAGGUUGCAGGAUGAGAUUUUGGCGUUUUUGACAUUAAGAAUGCACUUGUUAUAUCAUGCAAGAUGAUUUUAAUUUUUAUUUGUGUGUGCGCGUGCGUUCUUGUGCUGGCUGUAAAUACUGAUUUACUUUUUAAAACGAUAAAGAAUGUGCCUUAAUGAUGGUGGCCUGUUUAUCACUGAUGGGUAGUGGAAAUAAAUUUUGAUCUCUCA